AUGCCGUUCGGUGCCGGGGGCGUUCCUGCCCUUGGAAAGGCUGGAGAAAGAGGUGAAGGUGAUGUUGAGGACUGUACUGCUUCGCCGUGUGUAGAAGAUACAGGCAUGUCACAGCUGCAUUUUGGAGCUCUAGAGCUCUCGCAGAGCCAGGACUUUGAGAGUGACUUUGUGCCCAAUGAAGGAGAUGCUAGGCAUCGGUUUCACCCUGGAGCUGCUGUCCCUUCUUCCAGACUUCUGAAGAACGAUACUAAAGAUGAACUGCGUGGGGACAGCACGGAAACUGUCUCCAGCACAGAAGCACAUAGUGCUUUGGAAGACCAGCCAGAGAAGUCUGAAAGAACUCUGCAGAAAGCAGAAGAGCAUACCAGGAAACGUAUGCCUGUCUGUGACCCCACUAAAACUGAGAAAUCCCUUGAUUCUGGUCACGAGGAGUCGGAUAUCUUGUCAACUCAGGAAGAGAUGUUUCCUGAGAAUAAUGCAACAGGGAGCGGCUGUCCGAUAACCAGGGUGGAAGAGGGAAGUUCUCUGGCAUGCACCCCUGCCCGCAGUCUGCAACUGCUGCAGCUUUCUGGACAGGGAUCCCUUGUACAGGAGAGUCAUUCCACUGUCUCUUCAGGCCUAGUUAUUCCUCCUCCUGUUGCCUUUGGAUCCAAUGCUCUUGUCCCCAGCAGUCCUACUGAACAGGAGCAAGCAAAAGAUGAACAGAUGGAUAUAUCUAUCCCUGCAGAAGGAAGAGAGCUGAUGCAGAAGCAGAGAGGAGAUACACUAGUGGAGAUGGCCAUCCCAUGCAUCCCACCAGGACCUCUUGUCCUGCCACAAGCUUCAACUCCAGUGUCCCAGAGUGCCCCAACCUUCUUUCCUGGAUCUUUACCUAUACCAUCACAACCAGAGUUCUCUCAUGAUAUCUUUGUUCCAACUCCGAGCCCGGAGAAGAAGCAUGAAGGAGAAGAAAAAGCUGCUGCUUUAACCCGUUUAUGCUUACCAGGAGAUCUCUCUGGACCCACAGAUGAUUUGUCAAAGACAUCUACAGGUGACUCUUUGUCACAGCCUUCUGAGUCCUGUAAGCUGAUGCUUUCUGCAAGUGAAUGCAGCCAGCCCACAAAUACAGAGGUCAGUUCAGGCUCUCUGAACACGGGCCAAGAUAGUGAAACCACCCAGGUGGAGAUGAGUUCUGAAUGCAAGGCCUCAGACUUGAGACUCUGUUCUGUGGAGAAUGACAACAUAAAACUGAGACUGGAUGCAGGUGAUCAAUCCCUCUCGGAAAACUGUGAAAAAGCAGAAAAGGAGGAUUUACAGACUGCAGGAAAGCCUGUAAUGCAGUUAGUUAGUGCAGAUGUAGCAGGAGAUGGGUCAUUAGCCCCUACAGCUCAUCGGGAGAUGGAGGGUAUUUCUGGAAGUCAGGCUGUUGCAGAUCAGUCUGGUCUGCCUGAGAUUUUGUCAUACACUCAAGGUAGAGAAGCACAGUCUGAGGAUUAUCCAUUGGAAGAGACUUCUGAACCUGAGGCAGUUCCUGAGACUCAGUGUGAAGAACAAGAAAAACUGCAAGUAAAAGAGAAGCAAAUAAAUGAAGAUGGGUCCCUUGUUAAUAUAACGCUUUCUCAGAGGUUUGUUCCUGAAAGGGAAUUACAGUGUCAUGAAGAUAUGGAAGUGGAAUUUGCUGAUGGUUCUUGUAAAAAUAGCAAAAAUUUGUCUGAUCAGGCCCAAGAAUUAGAAAAGAUGGGACCAGAAAUCCAGGGAAAAGAGACUUCAGAAGGUUGUACUUUUGGCACUGGAGAGGCAAAGAGCAUGGAUAAACUGCCCUUUAAGGCUGCUUCGGAAAACAUGCCAAAGCUCAAUAAAGUUUUAUCUAAGGCUUCUGUAGGGGAGUUGCUGGAACAGCACAACAAUUUGUUUCCGAAGUUGAAGAGUGACGUUCCAUCGGAAGAGGCGUUGUGUGCCAAAAAACAUCCAGGUUGUUCAGAAUUAGGACAGAUAAUGAUAAUAGGGAAUCAGCCACCACAUCAAGAGAGAGGGGUUGACACGCUGGUGACUCAGCAGGAGAGUCAGGUGCCAAAGAAUACGGAGGAUACUGUUAGGACAAGGAAUCCAGAGCAAGAAGAGCAGAUGCAGCCACAGGAGAAGGCAACUGCUAAAUCCCCCAGUCCUUCCAGUGGAACCCCAUUUCAUUUUACUUUGCCGAAGGAGGGUGAUGUCAUUCAGCCCUUGACCAGCAUAACGCCACCUCUUAUUGGCCAGCUUAAAAUGGGACCCAGAAGACACAGCACACCAAUUGUGGAUGAUAGUUGCCCAGACAGCACUAUAGCAACUAGUGAUGUUACAGCAGAGGGCACAAUGGGGACCAACAACGUCACCGUGGAAAGUGCAAUGGUAUCAGCAGACGUGUCAGAAGUGGGCGAGAAAGGAGAUUCUCGUGUGGUUCCUGAGGCUGAUGCAAAACUCUCUCUGCGAAUGAGCCUUGUUACCCCUGUGAAUGAUGGGAGCGAGGAGUCCCUGCCAUUCAGCUUGGAAAAGCCUACAGCCAGUGACAAAAAAGAUGGAUCCUCUGCUGCUGCCGGAGCUGCUAAAGCAUCAUCUGUGUUUAGUCGUGUCUGUGAAGUUCGUCGAGAGGAUGAGGCCAGAGGUCAUGGUCUUUCCACUUCUCCAUUUAGGGGGAAUCUCUUCAGUUUUCCUGGCACACAAGAAGAUGCUGAAUUACAUAAAAAUCCCAGUGGUUGGCAGUACCAGCAACACAAGGCAGAUGACAGCGAUGGACAGGUCCUAGUUCCUCAGAGGAUGCAGCAGGACUGCCAACCACAACCUUCUAGUGCAGAGGAUGGGGAGUCUGUGGAGACUGGUAUUGUAAGCACUCAGACAGAAGAAGGGAGAAUAAUGCAGAAGAAACCAAGUAAGGCUGUUAAAAUUGAUGAAAGCCGAGAGAGGUGGGCAAACACCGAGAAUAAAGGGAUUCAGACUACAGCAGACUGUCUUUUUAAAACCCCAACAACUGUUACAACAGCAACACAAACGUCAGAAGAAAUAUGUAGGCAGGUGGAACUGGGAACCAGUAUGUCUGGGCAAAGACCUGGGCGACAAGAUGCGAAUGUCCAAACUGAGGAGAGUGGGGAAAAGCUUGUGAACGCCUCUGGAGAGGACACGGACUCUCUGCACAGUCAGGGAGAGGAGGAGUUCAAUCUUCUUCACCCACCUAAAGGCCGAGUUCAGCAUCGCCACAUGCGAACUAUUCGAGAAGUGCGCACUGUUGUUACGCGUGUUAUAACAGACGUUUACUACAUAAAUGGUGCAGAGGUGGAACGAAAGGUGGUUGAGGAAACUGAGGAGCCUGUAGUGGAGUGCCAGGAGUGUGAGACUGACACAUCCUCCUCUAGAACCGCAGUGGGCUCAUCACUGACCUCAGGGGACCUUGGUGAUGUUAGCUCCUUCUCAUCUAAGGCCUCAAGCCUCCACCGUACAUCCAGUGGAGCAAGCAGUGGUCACUCUGCCACACACAGCGGUGGCAGCAGCUCAGGGCGAGGAACUGGAGCCGUCAAAGGGAAAGCGUGUGGGACAGAAACUGGAGAGUUUGCUUUACCCAUUGGCAGAGGCGCCUUAGGAAAAUUAAGCCCUAGGAAAGGAGCUGGUCAGCCAGCAUCUCCACUCAGAGUUAGCCAGACAGGAGCACUGCCUUGUGAGGAAGAGGAGGACGCUAUGCCUGGCACUCGUCAGGGUGGCAGAGCACCUGUGACACCUCGUGGGCGAGGAAGAAGAGGCCGCCCACCAUCUCGAACAACAGGAACAAGAGAUUUAGCUGGACUGCCAGGUGUGGAGGAUCUGUCAACUACAGCAUCACCUGAGGAGAAAUCAUUUACUCGUUCAGUUCGCCUGCCAGAUGGAGGGGAGAAAUCUGACACUUCUGGCUUUUGUGCCUUACGUCGAAGUGACUCUCCAGAAAUCCCAUUACAAGUGGUGACUGGUCCUUCGGACUGUGCAGACUCAUCCUCUGGGAGCAGCUUUGUGGGCCUCAGGGUUGUAGCAAAGUGGUCAUCAAAUGGGUACUUCUAUUCCGGGAUGAUUACCCAAGAUGUUGGGGCAGGAAAGUACAAGCUGCUCUUUGAUGAUGGAUACGAAUGUGAUGUGCUAGGAAAAGAUAUUUUACUCUGUGAUCCUAUCCCACUGGAGACUGAGGUGACCGCACUCUCAGAGGAUGAGUACUUUAGUGCAGGUGUGGUGAAGGGACACCGGAAGGAGUCUGGCGAGCUAUACUACUGCAUUGAAAAGGAAGGCCAGAGGAAGUGGUACAAACGAAUGGCUGUUAUCCUGUCUCUGGAACAAGGAAAUAAGCUCCGGGAGCAGUUUGGGCUAGGUCCUUACGAACCUGUCACCCCCCUGACCAAAGCAGCUGACAUCAGUCUUGAUAAUCUUGUGGAGGGGAAGCGGAAGCGACGUAGUAACCUUGGUUCUCCCAGCACUUCCAGCAGCAGCACAACUCCCACUCGUAAAGGGCAGGAGAGUCCACGCAUCCCACCAGGCACACUAUCUGGGAAAAGGAAACUUGUUGCUUCUGAAGAUGAGAGAUCCCCAGCUAAACGUGGCCGCAAGUCAGCAAUGAUAAAGCCUGGGGCUGUGAGAGCUGGAGAGUUUGUAAGCACCUGUGAAGGUGUAGAUGCUGUAGAUGCCCCAGUACUGGAGGACCAUCAUGGACCCUUGCCCCACAAUAAGACCCUCUUUUUGGGCUAUGCCUUUCUCCUCACCAUGGCAACACCCAGUGACAAAUUGGUCAAUCACCAGAAGCCAUCAGAUGGUCCCGCAGGGAGCAGUGAGGAGGAAGAAGAAUUUUUAGAGAUGACUCCAUACGACAAACAUUACAUAGCACAGCAGCUGCGAGCAGGAGCUGGCUAUAUCCUGGAAGACUUCAAUGAAACCCAGUGUAAUGCAGCGUAUCAGUGUCUUUUAAUUGCGGACCAGCAUUGUCGAACUCGGAAAUACUUGCUGUGCCUUGCCAGAGGGAUCCCUUGUGUGUCUCAUAUCUGGGUCCAUGAUAGCUGUCAUGCUAACCAGCUUCAAAAUUAUCGGAAUUACCUUUUGCCAGCUGGUUAUAGCCUCCAGGAGCAAAAAUUGCUGGAAUGGCACCCACGAGAAAACCCAUUCCAUAACCUGAAGGUUCUCCUGGUGUCAGAUCAGCAGCAGAACUUCCUGGAUCUGUGGUCUGAAAUCCUCAUGACGGGGGGAGCAGCAUCUGUUAAACAGCAUUACUCAAAUGCUCACAACAAAGAUAUUGCUUUGGGUGUUUAUGACGUGGUGGUGACUGAUUUUUCCUGCCCAGCUGGUAUCUUGAAGUGUGCAGAAGCUUUACGGCUGCCUGUUGUCUCGCAAGAGUGGGUGAUCCAGAGCCUUAUUGCUGGGGAGAGAGUAGGCUACAAGCAUCCAAAGUAUAAACAUGACUAUGUCCCCCACUAAACUAAAACUUUGCCCUGCUGUCCCACUGUUGUGCAGACUGUGUUUUAAUCAGGUUUUAAAUGUUUGUGUAAUUGGACAGUGUGCAUGGAUUACUGUAUAUAGUUUUAUCUGCUGGACUUUUAUGAUGAAAUAAAUGUUCGAUCUCUUGUGGUA